AUGGAAUUACCAAUGGGGGACAGAGUGUAUGCUGCUGAACGUAUUAUGAAAAAAAGGAUAAGGAGGGGAAAGGUUGAAUAUUUUGUAAAAUGGAAAGGAUGGAGUCAAAAGCACAGUACCUGGGAACCGGAAGAAAAUAUUUUAGACGGACGUUUGAUAGAUAUUUUUGAAGAAAACCAAAGAGGAGAAUACUCAAGUAAACGAGGUGCAAAAAAAAAGGAACAGCUACUUCAAAAAGAAAGAGAUAAAGAAAAACUAGCAAAGGAAAGGGAAAAGGAAAGAUCUAAAAGUGAAGAAGAAGACGAGGAGGAUGAUGAUGGAGGAGAGAGUAGUCAGGAUGAAAGUGCAGAUGUUUCCAACAGAUUAAACGUCGAAGAGACUGAUCAAGAAGAUGCCUCUCAAAGCUGUUGGUUAAACUUUAAUAUAAAAUCCCAAAGUACGUCUGACGAAAAAGAUGGUAAAAAAGGAAGGAAUAAAGAACCUGAAGAUUUGAAUGAUGAUAGUUGUAGUAGUGAUGAUGCUCCGUUACAAGGAAGAUUAAAAGACAACGGUUUUACGUCUGAUUCUAAAUUACGGGAAACGGGUGCGAAAAGAAAAGCGGAAGUUUUGUCAAAGGAAUCGGGAAAAAUUGGAGUAACUAUAACUACUAGUCCAGGAGGAAAUUCAAGCCCGCCCCCAGUUAAAAUUCCUAAAAUAAAAGAAAAUUUAACGUCAAACAGUGAAAAAGUUUCUAAUAGGAGGCUCAGUACAAAAGGUGAAAAAGAAUCAAGUUCAGAAAGUAAAUCUUCGUCCGGGAAAAACGAUUUGAAAAAAUUAUCAUCGAGUCCUCCCCUAACCAAUGUUAAAUCUCCACAAUCAAAUUUUAAAAUUUCUUCUCCGCCUCCCGCGACAACAUCCGUUUCCGCAAUCAAACCGGAUGUCGAAAACAAAAAAUUGACGAUUCCGGUUUCGACGAACGGAAUCAAAGAACCUGUUAAAAACGAAUCGAAUUCCGAUGCUUCGAUCGUUAAAAAUGAAGAAGUGUCAAAGCAAAAAAAAUCACAACAGCAAACUCAGGAAAGUAAUGGAGGAUUGUCGAAAAAGGACGACGGAGUCAACAAUCAAUUAAUUAAAUCCGACGAUAAAUUAAACAAUAAUAACAAUGUCGACGACGAGAGACUUGGAAUCGUGACGACGGAAGUAAUAACUCAUCCCGGGGGUGAUUAUUGGAGGACGAGAAAUCCUGUAGCCGAUCAAAUAUUUAUUACGGACGUUACGGUCAAUCUUCAAACGGUCACAAUAAGGGAAUGCAAAACGGAAAAGGGAUUUUUCAAAGAAAGAGAACACAAAGAACAGCAGAAGAGUGAUAUUAAAUAA